AGGGGGAAUCUUGCCAAGAGACGCCAAUCAUCAUCUUUUUAAGGGAGCAGCUCAGAAGAUAGUGAGCUGGUUUCUUGAGUUACCGAAUCGCCGUUCGGUACCGCGACAACUGGUGCUGCUGCCGCUGGUGUUUCUUCACUGGGAUACGACAGAGUUUUCAUGUAAUCGCAUAGUUUCGCGUACGGCAAUCUGAAGGAAAUGUGGUCCACGCCAAAAACAAUUCACGUGCUCAAAAAUGAACUCAAUCUGGAUGUAGUUCUGCGCUGCGGUCAAGCUUUCCGCUGGAAGCUGGAUGAGGACAAACGCGAAUGGAUUUCCACGCUCAAGGGCAGAGUUUUUGGCCUCCAGCAAACCGACGACGGCAUUCAGUACCGCGUCUGGAAGGGGGACGAUGCAGAGAACAGCGAGAACAACGGUACCGACGGAAUUUACAAGCACGAGUCCGCGGAGGCCAUCUUGACAAAUUACUUCCAACUCGGCGUCAGACUUCAGAACCUCGUCGAAGAAUGGAAGAACGAUCCACUCUUCGAGAACGUUCACAUUUACGGUGUCAGAACUCUGCGACAGCAACCCUUCGAAUGCCUCAUGUCGUUCAUCAUCUCGUCUUGUAAUAACAUAAAGCGGAUAUCAAGCAUGGUUGAUCACCUAUGCUCGUACGGACCAAUCCUCGCGACUAUAAACGGCACAGAAUACCAUGAUUUCCCGACCGUAGAGGCUCUCUCGAGUAUCGGGCCCGAACUCGAGACCAAUCUGCGAUCCGCGAGCUUCGGGUACCGCGCAACGUACAUCGCCAAGGUGGUCGACAUCGUCAAAAAGAAGGGUUCGGACGAUUGGCUCAACUCGUUGAGGGAGGCACCCUACGAAGAAGCUCGUGACAGACUCAUGGAGUUCCCCGGUGUUGGUCGAAAGGUCGCCGAUUGCGUGUGCCUUAUGGCUCUCGACAAACCGCAAGCGGUCCCGAUCGACACGCACGUGUUCCAAAUCGCCAAAGCCAAUAUGCCUCAGCUCAAAGAUGUGAAGAAUCUCUCGCCGGCAGUAUAUCCGGUCAUAGUCGAUUGGUUUAGAGAACGAUUCGGACCUUGGUGCGGUUGGGCUCAAGGUGUUCUCUUCGCGAACAAGAUACGACUCACAGAAAUCAAAGCGCUCAAAGUCGAGAGGCACGAAGCCCUUUCGGAAGCAAAAGUCACCAAAGCUGCCAAGAAGCAGAAGAUCGAAGCGAUCUGAGAAAAAUGCGAAGCACUGAAUUGCUCCGCAAGGUCCGAGCGAUGAUGACCUUGCUGACUGAACCUGAUGACUGAUCUCAAGGAUUAUCCUGCUGGGCGGAGCUCGAUUCUUGAGGCGAUCCCCGCCGCAGCGUACAAUGUAUAACAUAACUCUUA